GUUCAGUUCGAUCAGUUCGAUUCGGUCGGAAACAGUAAUCGCGACUCCAAGUGGAUAUAUAUUUUGACACCUCUAAUUAUGUUGACGUGGCAAUUGUGGAUUACGCUGCUCUUUAUUUUGUGGUUCUAUUUCUUGUGGACGCGUCGCAGAUUCUAUUUAUUAACUCUAAAGAUACCGGGUCCACUUGGAUAUCCAAUACUUGGCAUGGCCCAUAAAUUGUAUCGUAGAGAAAAUGUGUUGCGAGAAUUUGGAAUCUAUUUGGAGAAGCAUGGAACAACCAUAUUUUCGUGGCUGGGUCCAAUACCAUUCGUAAUUGUCAGCGAUCCUCAAGUCAUACAGGAUAUUUUCACUUCCCCACAUUGCGUUAACAAGGGUUUAAUCUACAAGGCUGUCGAUGAUGGCGCUGGCUUGGGAUUAUUUAGCUUGCCAGAUCCCCGCUGGAGCGUACAUCGGAAGUUGCUGAAUCCAGCAUUUGGACAUAAGGUGCUGCUUAGUUUUCUGCCCGUGUUUAACAAUGAGACGCGAUUUCUUUUAAAACAGAUGGAUACGCUAGUUGGUGAAGGUGAAAAAGAUAUAAUCCCUCUGCUGCAAUUCCUUACGCUGAGCAUAGCAACUCAAACUACAAUGGGCAGUGAUGUAAAGCUCGAUGAAAACCUAAAUAACAGCAAAUUGAUGGAGGAUUAUCAAUGUCUUCUGGAAACCAUGACAGAUAUGUGCUUUUCUCCUUGGUUGAUCAAUAAAACGGUACGACAGGUGUUUGGCAAGGACGAACAUUACUCGGUCGCCAAGACAGAAAUACGUGAAUUCAUCAGAAAGAUAAUUGAAAAGAAAAUGGCUAGAGAUUCGGAGAUAGGCACUCAAUCGCAAGAUAAAAAUAUUUUUCUAAAUCUAGCUGUUGAUUUGAUGAGGCGUGGCACGUUCACCUGGGAAAAUGUGGAAGAUGAAUCGAAUUUGAUUGUGUUUGGGGCAUUUGAGACGACUGCCAACACGGUAGCCUACACAUUGAUUCUGCUUUCCAUGUUUCCCCAGUAUCAGGAGAAGGCAUUUGAGGAGAUUGUCGCUCUGUUUCCGGAAAGCGGGGACUUGGAUGUGACCUAUGCAGAUACACAGGAAAUGGUAUAUUUGGACUUAAUUCUGAAUGAGUCGAUGAGAGUGAUGCCGCCCGUGCCAGUCGUAUCGCGACAAACGUCUCAGGACUUGCUUCUUACCAACGGAAUUGUCGUUCCGAAGGGAGUUCAAAUUGCUAUUGAUAUUUUUCACUUGCAUCGUAGUAAGAAAAUUUGGGGCGAAGAUGCGGAAAUAUUUAAUCCGGAACAUUUUCUGCCACAUUAUUUUCAAGAAAAGCAUCCCUACGCUUAUAUACCCUUCACAAAGGGCAUACGAAAUUGCAUAGGUUGGAAAUAUGCUUUGAUUUCGAUAAAGGUGACCUUGGCUAAAUUGAUCAGAAACUACAGAUUUUCAACCAGCUUUAAAUUUGAAGACCUUGUGUUUAUCGAGGAUAUAACCAUUAAGCUCAAGAAAGUGCCACAACUGGAAGUACAUCGGAGACUUUGAUA